UGUUUUUGUUUUGUUAUUUUGCCGUAAGCGACAUUCACGUGAUUGGCAACUGACCAAACAAACAAAAAAAGCAGACAGCGCAGUGGUGGCAUUUAAAAAAAGAGAGGAGGGAAAAUUGAAAAAUAAAAAAAAUGUUUUAUAUAAAAAUGAGAGGAGGAGAAAAAUGGGGGGAGGAAGAGGAGAAUGGGGGGGGGGAGAAGAAAAAAAUUGGGAGGAGGAAGAAGAAAAAAAUUUUUUAGGGGGAAGAAUUAGAAAAGGGGAGGAGGAGGAGACGAAGAAUAUGAGAGCCAACAAGAAACAAAGAUGGGAGGAGAAGAAAAAAAUUAUUUUUUUUUGA